AUAAAUGGUGCGGAGGAUCGGGGAGAGAGAAGAGGCCAGGCCGGGCGGAGAGCGGAGGAAUCGCUGGGUGUAUGUGUGCCCGGCCGGCUACUACAACUACAUCCCCACCCACCGGAGGAUUAUGAUCGGAUUAUAGAGAACUUCUUCCCCCCCUUCCACCCCACCAUCACCCUCCAUCAUCAUCAGCACCCCGCUCCGCACACCGCUUCCCCCCGCACCGCCCCGCACAUCGCUCCGCACCAUGGAGAUGGAGAAGAUGCUGAACGACUUCAGUCCCACCAGCCGCCCCCUCCGCCGCCCCUCCACCCUUCUACCCUGCGGACUGAGCCUGCUGAGCCCCGAACCCGGAGUGCUGUCCCCGGUCACCAGCCUCACCUUCACCAUGAACCAGCUCGGAGUCCUCGGGAGCCUCAGCGACACGCCAAAGCGAAGAGGCUUCGGCUAUCCCGUCUUGACCUCCAGCUUGAUCCGCACCUCUUCCUCCGACUCGUCUGACUCCGGUUUGUGUUUGGAGGAUAUCAGCCCCGUCUCUUCGGAAAUCUUUGAGAAGACUAUUUUCGAACGCAGAAUCCCAAACAAUGAAUUCAAACUGCCUCUGAGAAGAAGACAGUCACUGCCGGUAACACUUCUUGGGGGAAGCCCAGCCCUGAGAAAACUUUCCAGCACCUCAGACUUGGAUGUCGCCAGCCCCCUGGAUAACAGCCCCUCCAAACCAGACAACAAGGAGAAUGAAGUUUUCCUCUUCAAGAGGCCAUUUUUGUUCCCAGUUUCUCGCUUCCCACGUCGCAGCGAUGAUGCCCUCAAACCCCGCCCAUGUUCUGCUCCAGCCCUCAUGUUUUCACCAGAAAGGAAUGAGUUUCAGUUAGAUGAUGAGAGCCCCGUCCGCUUACGCAAAUCCUCCCUGACCUUCUCUGUACACGAGGAUGAAGAUGAUGACGAUGGCUUCAUGGACAUUAUCGAUGAUGAUGAUGAUGCAAAGACUGAGCCAAACCUGCCGACGGGCAUGGAGAACCUGCUGACUGGACCACUGAAGAAAGAUGACUCGGAAUUGGUGAUCAGAAGCAAAUGUCGCCGCCUCUUCCGCUCGCCCUCUAUGCCCAUCUCUGUGAUCCGACCCAUCCUGAAGCGCCUGGAGCGCCCAGAAGACGAGGAUACGCCGGUGAAAUCCAAGCGGCACAAGAACCUGAGCUCAGCUGACGCCGAUGAUGAGAUGCUUGUUAUAGAGGAACCGAAAAUGAAACUGGGUCGGUCCAAGUCUCUGUGUCUCGCGACGGUUGAACACGUCCUGGACAGUGACCAGAUGGACUUGAUUGGCGAUUCCUCUAAGACAUACCUGUUGAAGACAGUAGAAGGCAGACACCAGGAUCUGAAGUAUAUCACUCCAGAAAUGAUGGAUGACGUGCUGAGCGGGAAGUACAGGGAUCGCAUUGAGCGUUGCGUCAUUGUAGAUUGCCGAUACCCAUACGAGUAUGAGGGAGGACACAUCAAGAACGCGGUAAAUCUCCCGCUGGAGCAAGACAUAGAGGAAUUUCUUAUGAAAAAUCCAAUUAUCCCAACCAGUGAAGACAAAAGGGUCAUCAUCAUCUUCCACUGUGAAUUCUCCUCCGAGCGCGGGCCUCGCAUGUGCCGUUAUGUUAGAAAACAGGACAGGAACGGCAAUGAGUACCCAAAACUCCAUUACCCAGAAUUGUACAUACUGAAGGGAGGCUACAAGGACUUCUUCCCCAGCUAUCAGACCCAUUGUGAGCCCCAGGCUUACUGCCCCAUGGACCACAAGGACUUUAGAGAACACCUGAAGCUCUUCCGCAGCAAGAGCAGGACCUGGGCCGGUGACAAGAGCAAGCGUGAAAUGUACAACCGGCUUAAGAACCUCUAGUGAACCAACGUCUUGGACUUCAGACAGAGGAGGUCCACAUGUCUUCACCCAGCACAACACACAAGUGUCUCCACACAUGGAUCAAUCGCCAGGGCUGGCCAGGAUUUAGAAGAUGGUCAGCAAUGGAUUUUUGGUCAUCGGCCGUGGAGUUUACCGGGAGAUGCAGAUUUUUCAGAAACUUUUCCAGGAAUUUUGUGAGGGUCUUUUUCUUACGGGCAGCAUUAUCCUCUACACCGAAGGGGGAGACCCUGGACAACCAGCACAGAUAAUCUUAGGAGACCUGGCCCUUUAAUGGAACACUUUAUCAACGGGAACAAGAAUCUGCAUUUUACUGACUCCGUACUUGAAAACCCACUAGCCUCAUACUUUACCCUGGAGGCUAAACCCCCCCAAAAAAA